AUGGAUGAUUCCCUAACAUGUAUUUGCGGGCGAAGUUUUUCACAGUACGGAGCAUUGACAUGGCAUCAAAAAAACUGCAAAAAACGAAAACAUCGUGUCUCAAUGAUAUUUGAGAGAGCUCGCGAGCUAAUGAGUAGAAAGAAGAGUCGUGUAGAAAGUGCGGAGAACAGUGGCCAUGGUGAGGGCCAUAGUGGGGAUGUAUGUGACAUAGAGACUACGGCUGUUGAAAUAGCCAAUCCAACGCGUCGCACACGAAGAACAAAUCGCAGACUGCCAAAACAAUUUCGUGAUAUACUCCCCCAGCCUUCAUUAUCAUUACCCUCAAGUAUCCAACAGCCGCUUUCAGCACCACAGCCAGGUUGUGAAAGUCGCAGCCCACCUCUAAAUGAGCCACCACCCAGUACUCAGACCGGUGGUGCCCUGACUCAAACAUUGUUUCGCACAGUCAAGAAUAUAUUUGGAGUACUACGACAGUACACCCAUGGGCCACCAUCUCACAAUGCCAGUGAUCACCAGUCCCCUCACGAGCUCUUCACAGGAAAACUUCCGCAUGCUUUGCGACAUAUCGGUGAACAAGGCUUCUCACCAGCUGAUGUCAGCGGCGCAAACUGGCGUAAGAUUGAUGAAUCACUUGUCACAGUGGGCGACAGCAAUGGCAAUAGCUCAGACUGGCUGGACGACGGUUGGAGGACAAGUCCAGUCACUAUUUCUGUCCCAUUCCACAAGAGAAUGGCAGAUCCAGGUCCAAAGGAAUUCAUUACUGCCGACUUUCACUAUCGCUCCAUACUAUCUGUCGUUCAAGAAAAACUUGCUAAUGAACAUGAAAUGGACUCUUUCCACUAUGUCCCCUAUGAACUUCACUGGCAACCUGAAGGCCGAGAUGAGACACAACUUUAUGGUGACCUAUAUACAUCUCCAGCAUUUGUUGAGGAAAAUCAGCGCCUACAAGACUCCCCUCCAGAACCUGGGUGUGAUCUGGAGAGGUGUAUACUAGCACUGAUGUUCUGGUCCGACGCAACACAUCUCACGUCGUUUGGCAAUGCAAAGCUGUGGCCUCUAUACAUGUUUUUCGGCAAUGAUACAAAAUACAGGAGAUGCAAGCCUAGUUGCCACUUGUGUCAUCACAUUGCAUACUUCCAAACACUCCCAGAUUCAUUCAAGGAUUUUGCAAAUGCAUUUGCGGGUGGCAAAGGAGUUAAUGAUGCUUUCAACACACACUGCCAUCGGGAGUUCAUGCAUGCACAAUGGACCAUCCUUCUUGACAAGGAGUUUAUUGAAGCUUGCAAGCAUGGCCUUGUAAUUACGUGUUCUGAUGGUAUAAAACGGCGUUUUUACCUUCGCAUCUUCACAUAUUCUGCGGACUAUCCGGAAAAGGUUCUUCUCACUAGCAUCAGGAACUUGGGAGCUUGCCCAUGUCCACGAUGUUUGAUUCCAAAAGAUUGUAUUCCAGGGAUGGGCACAAAGCAAGAUAUGAGACAACGAAAGACAUUGGCACGAGUAAACAAUUCUCAAUAUCAGCGGAAGGUAGACAUAGCACGCAGUUUGAUUUACGAGAAAAAUCAUGCAGUAAACAGCAAUGCAGUCGAAAGACUACUAAAGGAGGAGUCUUUGGUUCCAACGUUGAAUGCAUUUUCGGCUGCGCUUACACCCCUUGGAGUCAACAUUUACUCUCUUUUUGUCGUUGAUAUUCUGCAUGAAGUUGAACUGGGUGUCUGGAAAGCAAUAUUCAUUCAUCUCAUUCGCAUUUUGGAGUCACAUGGUGAAGGAUCGGUUCAUGAACUGGAUCGAAGGUACCGGAACAUACCACCAUUCGGACAAGACACAAUCCGAAGGUUCUCAACAAACUCGUCCGAAAUGAAGAAGAUGGCAGCCCAUGAUUACGAAGAUCUCUUACAGUGUGCUAUACCAGCUUUUGAGGGCCUCCUACCCGAGCCGCAUAAUAAAAACAUACUCAACCUGCUAUUUAUUAUGGCACAGUGGCAUGGUCUUGCGAAGCUGCGAAUGCACAGUGAUGAAACUUUGGAAUUCCUUGAUCAAGCUACGACAUUGCUCGGACACCAACUUCGCAAAUUUCAGCAGGAAACAUGUCCCGCUUUCAACACCAAGGAGCUUCAACGUGAAAUUGAUGCCCGAAACCGACGCCAGGCCAAGCAGCAAUCAAGUAGUAGUAAUGCACGCGCACCACUGUCAAAUAACAACGCUCAACAACCAAAAGCAUUUAAUCUCAACACAUACAAAGUUCAUGCCCUUGGUGACUAUGCUGCCACCAUUAGAAGACUAGGCACAACAGAUUCGUAUUCCACACAAAUUGGUGAACUUGAACACCGCACACCAAAAGCAUCUUAUUCUCGUACAAGCAAAAAGGUGUUUAUCAAGCAAAUUACAAAGAUUGAACGACGUCAGGCUCGGCUCCGAAAAAUCCAUCUUAAAUUGCUGAGUAGACAGCAUCUAGAUGAGAACAUCCCCGCUUCACCUGAAACCCAUCACCAUAUCGGAAAGGCACAGAACCAUUCUAUUGACAUCCAGGGAUUCUUACAGAAACGAACAGGCGACCCCGCUAUCAAGGAGUUUUUGACUAAACUCCGAGCGCACCUUCUUCCACGACUGAAGGUAGCUCUCCUCACAGACCAAAACAAGCCUGCCGCUACAAGCAGUGAAACGGGCACUUUUGCGGGAGAUAACGCAUUAGAUGGAAGCUACAUCAUUUUCCAUAAUAAUCGUAUCUACCACCACAACAUCAUCCGCCUCAACUAUACAACCUAUGACAUUCGAUGGGCGCAGGACGUAGUGAACAUAAACACAUCACACAACAGUAUUAUGAUGCUCUCUGACCGAACUAUAGACUCUGGCCAUCCGUUCUUAUAUGCAAGGGUCCUAGGAAUAUACCAUGCAAAUGUUAUUUAUGCUGGACCUGGAAGUUACGACUACCAAGCUCACCGCAUGGAGUUUCUCUGGGUUAGAUGGUAUGAGCCUCUCAGAGACAGUGACUGCAAUACUGGCUGGCAUCGUCGUCAGCUUGAUUCAUUUCAGUUCCUGCCCACUGACCACCAAGAUGCAUUUGGCUUUGUAGAUCCAGCUGAUAUACUUUGUAGCUGUCAUGUUAUCCCCCGAUUUUCAGAAGGGCCUUUGCAUCCGCAUAGGAUUGGUACAUCACUCUCUGCGAAAGACUCGGCAGACUGGAAGACAUACUAUGUGAAUAGAUUUGUUGACCGCGACAUCAUGAUGCGCUAUUAUUAUGGCUAUGCUCCUGGCCACUUUAUCUACCGGUGGGAUCAAUGCACACAUACAUCACACCGAUAA